AUGGGUCUAGGAGUCCCCAACACUAGAAACGAGGAUGGUCAGGGGGGCGGACGAAGUAACGAAGGAAACAACCUCCAGUCCGGUGAUAACGACGAUGAUAAAAAUCCUCCAUAUGUACCUUGGGAGCCAAGCCCAACAGAAGCUCAGAUCCUGAUCUACUAUCGUGUAGUAUAUGCCUUGUUCAUGGCCUACGCGAUAUUUUGGGCCAAACUGCUGGAGAUGAAUGCACCUUUGUUCCGUCAGUAUUAUCCACAGCUCGCACCCGACCGGAAACCUAAGGUAAAGCUUGUAUGGGAAAGACUUCAACAAAUCAUCACCCACGUUGAGCCCUCUGAUCUGCCGCCUGAUGAUCGAGAGUGUAUGAUUUGUCAAGAGACAUUCAGCGAAAGACCGCGAGUGGCUGCACUCCAGCCUUGGCACACCCGUCUUCACGAUGGCUUUGACUCCCCUCUAAAGCUACCGUGCCCUCGUAAGCUAGGUAGUCGUUGUUUGUAUCGUUGGAUUGAAAAGUGGUAUGAUAAAAGAUCCAAUCAACCUCUUAGAAUCUGCACACUAUGUAGGAUGGGUUUUGGCGUUGGUAGAGCAAAAGAACCUUUCGAGGAUGGCUGGGAAGAAUAUGUAG